AUGGAGGCAUUGGCGCUGGGAUGCAAGAAGGUGGAGGGAGCCGUCUGUGAGGGUGUUGUCGUUCCCAGUGAUUUGCCUAUCGAGUCCAAUCCCUAUCUCACACGUACGAUUACAGCGAAAUCGAUGUUUGAUCGACUCGAUAUCCUUACGAAAGAAGCCGACGUGAUUAUCGCUCUUCCGGGGUAUCUUGGAACGCUGAAUGAAGUGAUCAUGUCUGCCACCCUCAACUACAUUACGGACGAUAAUAAGAGAAAGCGAAAGCCUAUCUUUUUGUCCACCCAUCCCUGGAAAGCGAUAUGGGAUUCGAUCACUGCCGAGCUGGGUUUGAAACCUCAUCACCGUGAUAUCGUUCAGUUUUUCGAUGAUAAUCAAGAGCUGAUGAAGCUGCUCUCUUCCAUUUUCUCUGUUUGUUGUCAAAUGCCUUAUUGA